UAGCAGACAACACGCUGUAAAAUGGACAAGCGCUGUUUAUGUCAGUCUUCGAGGUGUCGCGGACGCGUCAUGAAUGUGCCAGAUAACAGAGCAGCAAGGAAGACGGGAGUAUCAAUAGGCUCUCCAUUAUGUCAAUAUCAUUAUAGAGAUGUACACACGAAGUUCUGUUGCACCCAGGGCACGGGGUUGUUUACACGUCACUCGAAAAAAUAUCGCCCAUGCCCCGAGAGGCUAUGGGGAGUGUUAGAUGAUCUUGGCAGUAAUAAUACUAACUACAAGAAAUGGGUCGAUAUUUGUCACUUGUGUUACAAAACCAUUGACACCACUGUUCAACACCACCCUUCAUAUCUUCCACCAAUAAAAAGGAAAAGAAUAUCAGAGAGUUCAUCUGCUGCAGAUACAGUUACUACAUGUAGUAUUCGCAGUAGCAGUCAAAUAAACCGUGAACAUUGUUAUGCAUCAUCUGCAGACAGAGAUACAAUUAGUAAUACUGCAAUGAAAAUUGAACCUGGUCAUGUGAGUAACAAGUAAAUAAAAAUCCAAUAAGACGUCAUUCUUUUUUUUUUUUUUUAAAUUUUAACACAAAGGUAAUUGGAUUAACUUGUCACAGGCUUGUAGAUAUUUUGCCCUUGUGGAAUUAAAAAUAAUAACUGCUUU